GGAGCGCCGCGCGCAUGCGCCCGGCCCGGCGCCCCAGCCGGUGGGGAGGCGACGCGCCGCGACCCUGCGCGGGGAGGGAACCGCGGUCGGUUGUGCGGAGCCCGCGGCCUGAGUCUCGGACGAGCAGCUCGCCCACACGUUCUCCUGCUGGUGGACGCGGAGCCGAAGGCUUGGACCUCGAGGACCAAGAAGUGCGAGGACCCUGGAGCGGCGAUUGCGCACGGGAGACAGGCUGCCCGGCAACCAAACUGUUGCUAUCGCGCUUAUUUCGGUGGAACCGAAACAGGGAGGCUUGGAGAAGCACGGGAGGAAACUAUAGGAGGCUUGGCAAAUGCGUAAACUGUCCUUGGGAGAAAAACAGUCAAGUGGUGGAAGAUCAGUAUUGACUGCAGCUGCGUUCAACUUCUGGAACCUGAAAGUAAAGUUGGGUCACGUGGGCCGUACGCCCUCUUUCUCCUCUUCUGCGCCCUCAUCCUGCCUGGAAAAUCCCCGAAGAUCACAGUGGUCUGUCAAAUUCAGCAAAUCCCUGUGCUGCUGCCCAGAGGCAGGAGAGCCACCUCCCCCGCCUUCUCCCCGACUCCUAAGGAUGGGAUUCUCGCUCCAGAAGCAAAUAUGAAAAUUUUAAGAAAGAAAAAGCCCGUUCGCUUCGUUUAUCUUCCCCCCAAGAAUCACUGAAAACGUUCGUUGUCCAACUUAAGUUGCCAGUUUUCAGAUCCCUGAAAAAGAAAAUUUAGUAGAUAGGCUCUGAUGUAUUUUGGAAGAGCAAAAGAGUAACCAAAAUGUGUUUUCAAAACUCAAAGCUAAUUUUGUAGUAGGCCUAGUAAUUGAUAAAUCUGUUACUGUGAAAAUAUUGCACGGAGUAUUUGUCUAGGUCCUGAGGGAUUGUAGCAGCUUUAUUACAGGCGUGACAGAAAAUGAUUAAAAAAAUGAUCAACUUUAAAAAAGGAAUUCCAUGUACCAUGCAUUCUGCACACUAAUUUAUCACUUCAGUGUGUUUGAUCGUUUUUAUCUGCCCCAUUGUCAAAAAGCAUCGUAAAACAGCAAACUAAAAUGUAAUGGAAUGCGGCAAUUCAUAAACCAAUGUAAAAUAAACACCUCCACGUGAUGGUGCUUGUUAUGCUGCCAAUAAAAGUCACAUUUUAAAAUAUU